UAGCCUCUUAGCAACGCCAGGGGUCAAGUGACACAGUCAGCUGACCCCCUCCUGGAGGAAGGCCCAGUGGUCCCCAGUUCUGGAGGUGUUGCCGUUCCGAUUACCCGGCCGGGGGCCCGAGCGGAACAGUCACCGUCAACAUGUCGGGCAAAGACCGGAUUGAAAUCUUCCCUUCGCGAAUGGCGCAGACCAUCAUGAAGGCUCGAUUAAAAGGAGCACAGACUGGUCGAAAUCUCCUGAAGAAGAAGUCUGAUGCCUUAACUCUUCGGUUUAGACAGAUCCUGAAGAAGAUAAUAGAGACUAAAAUGCUGAUGGGUGAAGUUAUGAGAGAAGCUGCCUUUUCAUUGGCUGAGGCCAAAUUCACAGCAGGGGACUUCAGCACAACAGUUAUCCAAAAUGUAAACAAAGCCCAAGUGAAGAUCCGAGCAAAGAAAGACAAUGUAGCAGGUGUUACCCUACCAGUGUUUGAACACUACCAUGAAGGAACUGACAGCUAUGAACUGACUGGUUUAGCCAGAGGUGGGGAGCAGCUGGCUAAACUAAAGAGGAAUUAUGCCAAAGCAGUGGAACUACUGGUGGAACUGGCUUCCCUGCAGACUUCCUUUGUUACUCUGGAUGAAGCCAUUAAGAUAACCAACAGGCGUGUAAAUGCCAUUGAACAUGUCAUCAUUCCCCGGAUUGAACGCACCCUUGCCUAUAUCAUCACAGAGCUGGACGAGAGAGAACGAGAAGAAUUCUAUAGGUUAAAGAAAAUACAGGAGAAGAAAAAGAUCAUCAAAGAAAAAUUCGAGAAGGACUUGGAGCGGCGGAGAGCAGCUGGAGAGGUGAUGGAGCCUGCCAACCUGCUGGCUGAAGAGAAGGACGAGGACCUGCUGUUUGAGUAGCUGUCCUCUUCUGCUCC